CAUCGAAACCACGAAACUACCUCACACAACAGUCAUGGCCUCGUCAAUGAUGGACCCGUCGAGAAUGAACUCGUCAAUUGUGAAUCCAAUAUACAUAGACCCAAGAAUCAUGAACCAGGUGCUCACGGCCACUUCAAAUAGCAAGCACAUAUACAGCUUUGGACACCCAGAUGCAUCUAAGCUAGUCGAGAAGUGCGCAGAAACAUUCGGAAACAUCUUAAGGGAGAACGAUCAUCCUGAUCUCACCCCUACCGUUAAGAGGCUUCAGAAGGAGUUUUUGGCGUGGGGUCAUGAAAUCGGUGUUCUCGACGAAGAGGGGCAAGUGUCGGAGGGGAAGGAAGUAUUCGACAACGUUUUGAGGUUUAACUCUAUCCUUUCGAAAAACUUGCAGAUGGACUUGGAUUCUCUCUACGUUCAUCUCGUUGAAGUAAAACGCAUGACCGAACCGAAUCCCGAAUUUGCGUUUAGAAACGAAACAUGGGGCAAGUCCACUUCGAAGGAUCCCAUUCUGCUACUCGGUCAGGAUCGCACCAGGGACACUACCCAGGGCAUUGGUCCACGGUCGCGACUCGGCAUGACAUUGUUCACACUGAUUCCAUUGCGUUUCCUACAAAUUCAGCUCAGGCUGUUGGUAAAGCUCACCCUCUGCGAAUACCUCCCACAAGAUCCGGGCGUGCAGAUGGCCGGUGAUGCCGUUAAGGUUAGAGCGGCCCAAGGCUGUUGCGUCACCGUACCUUUCGAACUUUCGGGCCCGCGUCAAACCGAGGCGCUAAGGGACAAGGAGAAGAAUCGUGGCCGAAAAAGGCUGAGAAAGUCCAGCAGUCCCUUGACAUCUGCAACUCCGACCGUCAACGUCGUGCCGGGAUCUUGGGUCGAAGCACAAAGGAUUGGGAUAGCCGCCGCAGAUGAUCUCAAACAAGCAUCUCGCUUACGUCGGGAAAUGGUCGAAGACGAGAAUAUGCCAGGUCACCGAUCAGAGUUAUAUCAAUCGCUAAGAAAUAUCGAUCUCAAUCUUGGGUUAGGCCCACCUAAGUCCCUUGCCGACAGAGGCAUUACCUUUAAGGAUGACUCGAUGAUCCCCAUCGCCAGUUUCAGUCCCUAA